AUGUACACCAUAUCAAUUGACCAUCAUGGCUUCGUCGAGCAAGAUGCCAACUCUUCUAAUUUCUUCCAGAUCCUCGCUUUUCAAAGCUUGGCCGUUGAGUUUAUUUUCUCCAUAAUUGGAUCUAUAUUGAAUUUCUUUCACUUGGUGGUUCUCACCAGGAAGUCAAUGAUGACGUCAUCAACUAACAUAAUUAUGAUUGGAAUUGCAUUAUGCGAUUUGUCUUGUAUGUUGAUCAUUUUGAGAAAUGAUUUUCAACUAAUGGACUUGCGGAAUAAAUGUAAUCCCCCGAAUACAUUGUCAGAAAUGCGUCUAGACUGGUUUCUAACUUCAGUACACAACGCGUCACGCCGAUGUUCUGCAUGGCUUGGAAUGUUGUUGGCUGUUGUUAGAUAUCGGGUUAUCAGUGAUGUGACGAACCGGAAAAAUCGAUACUCUACGCAAAAAUAUGGAGUAAAGGUUACUUUGACUGCAUUCUUCAUCAGUUUUGCCUUCACAAUCUCCUUCUACCUACACGUGGAAAAUGUUCAAAUUGGAGUUUGGAAACCGGAUGUCCAGUGCUCACAUAGCACACAAAUUGAAGAGAUUCCCGUGUAUGCUCAGCAAUACAAUUCAUUAUUCUUAAUGAACGAUUAUAUACUUGGUAGGAUACGAAUGUUCAUAGAGGCCGUAUUUGCAAAGCUGAUUCCAUGCUUUACAUUACCAUUUUUAAAUGUUCUAUUGAUCUACGGAAUGAGAAAAUCCAAUUCGUCUACAGUUGAAAUAGCAGCGACAAAUAAAAACUUGAGAAACUCAAAAAAAGAUCGUACAACGAUUUUUAUCAUUUUUGUAGCGACAUCGUUUUUUAUAUCCGAGUUUCCGUUAGGAAUUGCCGAUUUGUAUACUGCAAUUUGGCUUAAAGAAGCCCAGUUUCGAAAACUUGCUCAAAAUACUGUGCUUCUAUGUGAUUCACUAUUUACUGUGAACGCUUCAAUUCACUGUGUCGUAUGCUUUUCAAUGUCACUACAGUAUCGAAAAGCAGUUUACAAUAUGUUUUCAUGCUUUAAUUGCAUCGGGAAAAAGGUGAAUAUUCAAGUUUAA